AUGCUGUUACGACCGAUACUUUAUCGGCCACGCUGGCCGCUACUCGCUACCCAAUGCCAUACGUGUCAUCUCUUCACAACUAGUAACAAGGUUCCCCAGAUAUCCACCAUCCGCCAUAUCUCACAGGUGACAUCACCAAACAUAUCAUUACGCUUGAUGCCUUUAGGAGGCUCGGUUACAUAUGGUGUUGGAUCUUCAGACGGCAAUGGGUACAGAAAGUUUCUACAAGACAUGCUUCUGGCCCAGGGCUAUCAAGUCCGCUUCGUUGGCUCACGCAAGUCGGGAUCCAUGAAAAACAACGACAACGAGGGAUGGCGUGGGUAUCGGCUUGACCAGGUUGCAUCGAAAGCUCGAAAUUCCGUCGCGACUCUGGGCCCUAACGUCUUCACGAUCAACGCUGGAUCCAACGACUGUCUCCAAGAUUACGAACUCGACACUUUUAGGAUACGAAUGGGUGAUACGCUCGACUAUCUGUGGCAGGAAUCUCCUCGCUCUACGAUUAUCCUCUCAACCUUACUCGUAAAUGCGAACAAGCAAGUCAACUCCCGAGUCGUACGUGUUAACAGCCAGAUCCGGGAAUCGGUUCAGUUAAAAGCGGCCGAAGAGAAGAGAAUUGUUCUUGCAGACAUGUACAGUGCUCAGGGUCCUGAACUCAGUGACCUGGUGGAUGGCACACAUCCUAACGACGCAGGGUACAGGAAGAUGGCUGAAAUCUGGUUCAAUGCCAUUGAGCAGGCCCGUGGGAACCAUCUUUUCGAGAAAUAA